AUGGAAAAACUCUUUACCUGGUUAUUAUAUAUUGAUGCUAAUGCCCUAUAUACUGGAACAAUGAUACAAUAUAUGUCAACAGGAGCGCAUAGAUGGAUAAUAUCCAAAGAAACUCCAGACCUUUUUAAUAAAAUUAUUAAGUAUGAGAUUCCUGAUGAUGCACCCAAAGGUUAUAUUCUAGAAGUUGAUCUUGACUACCUAUAUAAAUUACAUAAAUUACAUUCUGCAUAUUCUUUAGCUUCCGAAAAUAUCGAGAUUUCUAAAGAGGAAAUGAGUGAUCCUUUGGAUACUAGAAAAUGGAUUUUAUCAGAUGGAAUUACUAUAUUAGCCUUUGGGGAUUGGCGUAUUAUUGCGUAUAAGAAAAUGAUUGAUAAAGGAAUGUUCCAUGAAGAAGCUGAAAAAAAGAAUGAUGAACCUAGAGUUAAAACCCCAAUAUCAAUAGUAGAUCAACUUACUUGCCUAAGUUGA